AUGGCUCUGAUACCUAAUUAAAAUGACUUAUAAAAUAUGUUUAGUAAGGCAGGAAAAAUAACAUCUGAAAAAUAUAUUGUCUUCCAACAAAGAGAUUAAGAUUAUCAUUCUAGUAAAAAGUUCAAUAAACCACAACCAAUAAAAUCUUCUGAUUCAUUAUAAAAGAAAACAUUAUCUCUUUAACAAUCGCUUAAUGAAACAGAUGAAAAUCAUCUAAAACAUCUUCUAAAAUUAUAACAACCCUUUACCAAAUAGAUCUCUAGAUAAGUCGGACAUUAUACAUAGAUUCCAAACAAUUGCAAAGCCUCUUGUGGACAAUAUCAUGUUAAAUAUAAUGAACUUGAUAAGUAACAUCAAUAUCCUAUACUUUUGACAGAGCUAUACAUUCAGUUCCAAAUUAUGAUAAAACUUUGAAACAAACUAUUCCAACUAUUUCCAAAGAAGUUCCACAUAAACAUGAACCAAAUUCUACUCUAGAGUAAUAUCACUAAUUAUGAUAAUAGUAAACCUAUUCUUGAAAAACCUAAAUUUAAAUAUGAUAGUUUUGUUGAUUUGUAAAGAUAAAUACCAAGGUUUAUUCAUCUUUCAUUAAUAGAGCUGACAUUUUUUCAGGAAGACCUAAUCCUCAUCCAGAUCGAUUUCAAUAUUUAAAUGUUACUGAUUAAUGGACUAAAGUACCAAGAUAUCCAUAAAUUAAAUUGGAAAAACAAUUAUCUAGAGAUUAAAUGUUGAUUUAUAAAAAGAAAGAAUUUGCACCUGAUUAUAAACCUAAUUUUGAAUUUGGCAAAAAGUUAAUAUAUAUAAAAAACUAUAUUAGAUAAUUGGGUAGUUGUGGAGCACCCUUCUAUAAAUUGGAACAAAGAAAAGAUAUUUUAACUAAGAUACCUCCUUAUAAUUUUGAAAGUUAUUUUGAAUAUGAUGAAUAUUCCAAAUAACCUAAAAGCUAACUCUUUAGUUCUCCAACUGCUCCUAACUUCAAAACCAUGUUAGAUAGGGAAUGUGAUUAACGUUCCUUAUUACCAAGUUUUAUGCAAGUAAACUAUAUUUUAAAUUUAAUUUAGAAAUAUACUAAUACCAGAUUAGGUAUUACACAUUUGAAUUAAAAAAUGUUGGAGGUUAACAACUUUAGAGAUGGAAGAUUCUUAACUGUUACUUCAAGUUUUAUGCCAACCAAUUAAAAAUUAUCAAAAAAGAAUCUAAAUAAAUCCAGUCAAAAUUAAUCCUUAGAUGAAGUUUGA